ACAACAACAACAACAACAACAACAACAACACUGCGCAACGUCCCAAUAGGCCUGCGACCACAGCGACGGGUUCUGGCAUGCAGGCCACGCCCCUCCUCGACGCGCUCAGGGUCGAGGGCAACCUCCCGCCGUGGAUGUGGAACGACACGCCGCCCAACUCGGGAUCGUUUAGGACCACGCCGUCUACUACAGGGAGCAACAGCGGGCCGAUGAGCACAACGACAUCGGGCGGUGGUGGUGCCCAGGGCUCGGCUCCCGCGUUUGGGUUUCCUCUUGCCAGCGGCCCGGGCGAGGGGAUACAUCCAGAGGAUAUCGACAUAGAUAUGAGUGAAGAUUUCAACUGGGCAGAUUGGGGCCAGACAGUGAUGGAGAGCGGACCUAACAUAGGCGGCGUGUGGAGCGCACAUGGGAUAUAAGAGGUUUUUGUUGUGAGAAAGGCCAUGGGGCCGCGGCUUUGAUGAUAUCUUGGGGGCGGUUGGACUUUUGCUCUCAUUUCUCGGGGGGCAAGGAGGCGUUCUUUUUCUCAUCUUCUCUUGGUACAGAGGGUUGUCAGCUGUUUUUUUUUUUACAGGUGCAUGCUGUUCUUCUUUUAUCAUUCGGCUCAACAUGUCUAUCUGCAGCAGCGCUUCAUGUUUGAUGCCGGCAUGUGCUUGCUGAGUCCACCCGGAUAUUUGAAUAUGUUGGCCUUUUAUGUUUCUGUUCUGGUUUGUCGUUGUGCAGAGAUCCCAACAUAUCUUUUGUCGCACGAAAUUUGAUACCCUGGUCCAUUCCUGCGUCCCCUCACAGCAGACAUAGGAUACAUACAGACUACAACAAAUAUCAUCAACGGAGAGAACUC